ACACUGCACUUAGAUACCUCAACAACUCAUAUAUUCACAAGCUGUUCUUUUUACAAGUUUCUGAUUCUUCAACGUCAGUCUCAACUUUCCACAUUUUUCUAGUCUCUGCAUAAUUUCUUGAUGGCCAUGUCAACUGUUAUGCAGUCCGUCUUCGUGAGGCCGAUCACAAAUGAAUCAAGGUUAAGUCAGAUUAGUCCUUCCAGCUAUGUGCCACGUCCGCAUAAGAACAGUUGCAUGCGAGUGCGAUGCAUGUCCAAGGAAGGUAAAGGGGAGGAAUCAACACCCAUAAAAGAAUCAUCUUCAUCACCACUACCUCGGCAAACUCCUGCCCAGAGUGAACGAAAGGUCAGCACAAACUUUUCCGAUGUGUUGGCCUUCAGCGGGCCAGCUCCGGAGAGAAUCAAUGGGAGACUGGCGAUGAUUGGCUUUGUGGCGGCAAUGGCGGUGGAGCUAUCUAGCGGUCAGGAUUUGAUUUCUCAGAUAUCAAAUGGUGGGAUCCCAUGGUUUUUAGGAACUAGUGCUGUGCUCUCAGUAGCAUCCCUAAUACCACUAUUUAAAGGAGUGAACAUCAAAUCAAUUGCAAAUAACGGGAUAAUGACGUCAGAUGCCGAGCUUUGGAAUGGAAGGUUUGCAAUGUUAGGGUUGGUUGCAUUGGCGUUUACUGAGUAUCUGAAAGGCGGUGCACUUGUGUAACUCCCAUAACACACACACAGAUGUACGUAUGUAUGUAUAAUGCCUACUAGAAGUUAGGCAUCAGAACUCUUCAUUAUAUAAUGGAGCUAUCUGAGAUUUUGUAACCGAUGUUUUGGUAUCAAUGAAAUCUUGCAAGUUCUGCUAUCAAUGAAA